AGUCGUGUGAUGACUACUACUUGGCAUGCAUGGCAAUUUGGUUUGUCUCGGUGUAGCUGUGUUUUGUUGUUACGUUUUUUUUAUUCCUGUCGGUGAUAAAUUAUUAAAUCGAAGAAAAGAUGUCAUUCACGGUUGUAGCAGCUAAUAGCAAAGUCGAAACUUUGCGGAGAAAACUUGUCUCUGUUGCUGGAGUCAUGAUAAAGGAUUUCGUACAGUUCUGUUGUUUAGUCAAUUGUGAAGUGAAUCAUAUACUUCUGGCGCUAUUCGGUUAGGUUGUAAGUAGUUUAUAGAGUGACCGAAUUAGUGUAUUUUUGUAAAGUGAAAUUUCUACUUAGAAGCUAAAAGAAAUAGCAAAAAAUUAUGUAAUCUGAAAAAGUUCAAACAUAAACUUAACGAUAAGGAUCUUGUUCACAAAAUCGUUAUUUGAAUAUGGAGCCAUCCAGUGACCAUUUGUCGGAUGCCGAGUACGCUAAAAUAGGAUUAGCACUUUGGUUCAACAAUAAACCCGAAGAAGCGGAAGAGUUCUUCAAACAAAGACUGGAUAGCACACCAAUUUUCGCCGCAUAUAUUUUUGUCGUGUGUAUGAACAGCAUCAUCGCCUAUGACGUUGAGCGAAUCGAAAAGGCUCAAAAUCUGCUGAAAGAAUUGGAGAAAAAAUGCUCAUUAAACUAUGGAUGGCUGAACUCCAUUCGUACCAAAUGGUUUAGCCGAGCGACACCAAAUCGAUCGUUAGCAACGACCAUUGAAGAGCAAAUAAUUUCAGCCGAUGCAUACAUGAAUCAAGCAAUUCUAACGUUUUUUACGCAAGAUAUUUCCGGGUUCGUUGAGACUACGAGAUGUGAAACAUCGAUUCGGUUAAAUAUAUCCUUUUUGCAUUUAAGGUUAUUGAAAGGCAGCUGGCUGUUGAGUAAAGCUUGGAAAAUCUAUCAAUCGACAUACAGUCAAAUAUAUUCGAAAUAUGUUGAACUGUUUGAUAAUGAAAUGCCAAAACCACCCCAACCACAUAACUAUCAUCCAAUAAUUACGCGCACCAUUUCUCAAUAUGUUUGCACAGCCAAUGUACAAAACAAUUACGUUUUAGACUCUUCACCCCAAAUUAAUUCGUCCAACCACCAUGUGACCAAAAUUGACGAGGCCUUAAAUUGUGAUCAAUCAAAUAGAGCCAAUAUUUUUAGUACCCAAUUAGAUGACAAUAUAAGAAAUUUUUCGUCCAAUUCGUUUAAUAUACCUGGCCAUUCCAGAAAAACCGACAAAAACGCUUUACGUUUAGACUUAAGAAGCGAUCAAAAUGGUUUCAUCUACCAGGGACCGUUGACAUGUCCCGAAAGAAUCACUCGCAGUGAUAGCAACAUGUCGUUCAAUUUACCACAUACAUCGUUGGAGCAUAUUGAACCGGACGAAGUUAAAAGACUAAUGGGAUCCAUAGCGUUCGGUUAUGGCAUUUUCCAAUUGAGUGCAUCACUUUUACCGAACCAUUUGUUGAAAAUAAUUAACUUUUUCGGCUUUGAAUCAAAUCGAACUGUCGGUAUUUCGUCAUUGAUGUAUUCCCGGAUGUCGACCGACAUAAGAAGUACAUUGGCUUCUGUGGCGCUACUCUGGUUCUACACAUUCGGAAGUCAAAUGUUCAAAAAUGAGGACGGCUACUCCGACAGUGAUAUUAAAGCAGCUUCCCUGAUUUUAGGCGAAUGUAAAAGUAAAUUUCCGAAUUCAGCUAUUUUCCUCUUUUUCCAAGGUCGUGUCGAGAGAAUGAAAGCUAACACCAGCAAUGCUAUAGGGUCUUACAAUUCUGCUUUUCAAUGUGCCGCACAAAAAGAGCUCAAACUGCUAUGUCUUCAAGAAGUGGCAUGGUGCAGAAUGAUUCAGCUGGACUUUUCCGACUCAGCAUACCGAUUUAAUGAGUUACGACAGAUCUGCUCGUUUUCUAAGGCAUUUUACGCAUACCUAACGGCAGUUUGUCAAGGUGCUCAUGGAAACUACGUCAACUUAAUUUCCUUCAGAACAGAAAUUUACCAAUUGACGCGGUCGUCUGCUCGCAAGGACACACAAAUAAUAAAAUUUCUACAUAAUCGGAUCAAAGUAUUUCCCAGUGACGAUAAGGACCAUCACAAUCCGUUCUACUGGAAGUAUUUGGUGUAUGAGGUUUUGUAUUUGUGGAACGCUUUGGGAAAUGUUAGCUACGAUCAGUUGGAACAAGUAGUUGAUGAUUGCUCAGCACCGAAUGAAAUUGCUGAGGGACCGAUGAUUGGUCUGAAAAAACUGAUUUUAGGAUCUGCUCUUACUAGUCAGCGUCGUUUUCAAGCUGCUGUAUUAGCGUUCAAAGAUUGUAUAAAAGAAUGUCAAUCAAAAGCCGAUUAUCAGCACAUCACCGUGUUCGCUCAUUAUGAAUUAGCCAUGCUACUGAUGCAGUGCAGUAAAGAUUACAAGGACGACGCGAAAAAGCUGCUUCAGGACGCGUUGUCAUACAAGAACUACGAUCUGGAAAAUCGAUUAAUUGUGACCAUUCAAAAAGAACAGAAAAAGUUGAAUUAAUCGAAUUUUUUGUAAUUUUGAUCCCAUUAAUCCUUACAAUAAAAACGCACCGUCAGCGCA